ACUCCGUCGAUUCUCAUAUCAUAGGAAAAAGAAGAAAGAACGCCUUUUUAACCCUUUGCCAUGUUUCACUCUCAGUUUCCAAACACGAUGAAUCCUCCGAUCAACGAAAGCCUUAUGGGAUCACUGAUUUCUCGAGACACUCCAAUUCAACCACCUCUGAUUUGAUUCUUCAGCAAAAAUUUCCAGCUGAAUUUCCUUCUGCUAGUUUUUUUUUUUUUGCUUCUCCAACUUGUUUGUUUGGCUCGGUUACGAGAGAAACCUUGAAUUUCUCUUUCUCUUAGCUGUUUCUUCGAACUUCCUUUCAUCAUUUUGUUAAAAAGAGAUACAGGGGAGUCUGAAGCAUAUUUGUUCAUCGAGUGUUUUCUUAGCACGGUUUGAGGAUCUACUGUGUUAGAGAGAGAGAGAGAGAGAGAGAGAGAGAGAGAGAGAGAGAGAGAGAGAGAGAGAGAGAGAGAGAGAGAGAGAGAGAGGGGAAAUGACGACGGGGGCGAGGCUGCCGUCGUGGAAGGAGAGAGAGAACAACAAGAAGAGGGAGAGGAGGAGGCGGGCGAUCGCGGCGAAGAUCUUUUCAGGGCUGAGGAUGUACGGGAACUACAAGCUUCCCAAGCACUGUGACAAUAACGAGGUUCUCAAAGCCCUCUGCGACGAGGCCGGCUGGGCCGUCGAAACCGACGGCACCACCUAUCGCAAGGGAUGCAAGCCUGUGGAACUCAUGGACAUGGUAGGUGGAUCUGCAUCAGCAAGCCCAUGUUCAUCUUACCAACCAAGUCCCGGUGCUUCAUACAACCCUAGCCCAGCCUCCUCUUCCUUUCCCAGUCCAGUGUCCUCUUACACCGUAAAUCCAAAUUUAGAUGGCAGUUCCCUCAUCCCUUGGCUCAAGAACCUCUCCUCCGCCUCUUCAUCCCCCUCUUCCUCCAAGCUUCCCUAUCUCCACGUCCAUGGUGGUGGUUCGAUCAGCGCCCCUGUCACCCCUCCGUUGAGCUCCCCAACUGCGAGAACCCCUCGAAUCCACACUGACCGGAAUGACUCUUGUGCCCUCAUGGGCUGGGGCAGCAGCUCUCACUACUCAUUGCUUCCUUCUUCUACCCCACCGAGCCCUGGCCGCCAAAUCCUUCACAAUUCCCAAUGGUUUUCUGGGAUUCGGGUCCCGCAUUCCGGGCCCAUGUCUCCGACAUUCAGCCUUGUCUCCUCAAACCCAUUUGGGGCUACACCGGGUGGUGGCUCCCGCAUGUGGACGCCUGGGCAAAGCGGGACCUGCUCUCCUGCCAUUCCGGCGGGAGCUGACCAUACUGCUGAUGUCCCAAUGCGUGAAGCGAUUUCGAUGUCGGAUGAAUUUGCUUUUGGAAGCAACACAACAGGGUUGGUGAAGCCGUGGGAAGGAGAGAGGAUUCAUGAGGACUGCGGUUCGGAUGAUCUUGAGCUUACUCUUGGGAGCUCAAAGACCAGGUGAAGAAAUGGUCAAGAGGAAAGAUGGAAGGUUUCCUAAUGUUGACUGUCAAGCUGAACUCUCUUGCCCAUCUUUUCUAUUUUAAAAUUAUACUAUGCAGUUCUUCGAGGCGUGGGGUGAUUAAUUUCUCAACUAUUUAAUCCUUCUUGGUAGACAUUUUAACUUGAAAUCUUUGAGAAACAGGAGAGGUUUGGCACACCCUUUUGAGUCCUCAUUUGCCUUGAAAGCAAUAUGCUAUUUGACAGUGUGAAUUGGACUGCAUUUCAAUGGUUUAAUUGGAAUUGGGAUAGGGUGGAUUCAUUGUACACACUUUGGCAUUAUACUGUGCUUUCUACUGAUAUAACUAUUGUCCAUUUUGGUCAUCA